AAGUUUCGUUUCUCUGUAAGCGCUGUUCUCCAGAUCAGCAAGAAUGACAUUUCUCUAGACAUAUAUACGCUAGUGUAAUAUCUAUCACGGUUCACAAUGCUAAAGAGAGCAAUGUUUCGCUGUGGACAGCUGAGUUCGCGAGUAUUCGCGGUGGAGUUUGAUUUACGCACUCAACCUCUUUAUUUCACGCUGAGCUCAAACCCACAAGAGCUUCAUCAUGCUCAUCGGCAGCUCUUUGGAGAUGAUGGGAAGCUCUUCUCGCUACAUGUCCACAGUGACAGCAGAAUUGAGAAAGCGCAAACGCACGCCGAGAUAAAACACAAGCUGUCCGUAACACUGUCGCGAGAUUGCGAUGUUUUUGAAUCGUCUUCUUUUAUACCGGACGUCAAAAAUAGCGUCGUUAAAGGAUUUUUCAUACGAGACAAAUCCACUACAACCCUCUCAGAGGACAUAUUAAAGACGCUGCAGCAGAGUAAAUCAGUAUGUGUGUUUUCAUACAAGCGCGAGGGUCAGUACUGCUGGCAGGAGCUGUGGUCACCUGUCGAUCAAGUACAGGAGUCAGUGAGGCAGUACAUCACACCUGCAGCAGCAGCAGAGCACUGCACUGACAUUAUCCCUGAGUCAAAGGAAGUGCUGAAGCUUGUAGACGAACAGUUGGAGACAAGCAGGGCUGAUGGAUUUCCUGUCAUUGUGAUCGAGGGACUGGAUGCCACAGGUAAAACUACUCUCACAGAAGCCCUGCGGGAGUCUCUGAAUGCUACUCUGCUGAAAUCUCCUCCCCAGUGCCUGGCUCCUUUCAGACAGCGCUUUGACUCAGAACCACCCCUCAUCCGCAGGGCCUUUUAUGCUCUGGGGAACUACAUCACUGCUGCCCACAUCGGAAAAGAGUCCUUGAGGGCUCCUGUCAUAGUGGACAGGUACUGGCACAGCACAGCAGCGUAUGCCAUUGCCACAGCAGUUGGUGGAAGAGUUGAAAACCUCCCAAAGCCAGGCUCAGAGUUGUACCGGUGGCCAGAAGACCUGCUCCAACCAAACCUGGUGCUGCUCCUUACUGUUUGUCCAGAAGAAAGACUGAGAAGACUCAGGGACAGGGGACAGGACAAGACCGUUGAGGAGGCUGAACUGGAGAUCAAUCAGCUCUUCCGACUUAAAGUGGAAGAAGCUUACAAGAGAAUCCAGAAUCCUGCCUGCAUCAUCGUGGAUGCAAGCCCCUCUCCACAAGAAGUGCUGCAACAAGUGCAGCAUUUAAUUAGGAACAAAUGUCACUUGUAAACAACCAGCUCCCUCCCUACCCGACGAGGCAAGAAGCAAUGCAAUCCCUCUGCACACCACUAGAUGGUAGUGUAGUGUUACGAUUCCACCCCCGUUCAACUAAAGCCACUGUAAGAGCCCCAGUCAGCUGAGCCUGUUGAUUGAAAGGGAGGCUGGUGGCUAACUGCCAGCAUAUAUUUCAGGGCUCCUAUCUGGACAUGUCACAACAUAUUCCCCUUUCCACAGAGCUUUAGUGAUGACACGAGGGGGAAAGUUAUUGCGGUGCCGUAGCUGGGUGUCAGCUCUCAUACGCAGGGUCACAGCGUCCACUUUCCUCACUCUGACUUAUUCCCAGUGAAACACAGGAACUCAGCUAAAGAGGUUUGAGAAUUCAUCAAUCACUUCAAUUAGAUUUAAACACAAGAACUCAUUGUUGGUCAGCUCGGUGUUCACUCCUUCAGGAGAUGGAAUCAAGGGACCUUAUGGAGGUAUUAAAAGCAAUAGAUCUGAUACAGGCAAUUUAAACUCUCUUUGAUUUGUUGCUGUUGCUUUUGGACACAGAAUCUGAUCAUUAAUUAAGAGUGAUAUGUUAGGACAAAAGUGUACACUGUAACUCAGAUUUCAGUUCCAGAUUCCUUAAAGUCUGUUUAUUGUACUAAAAUAAUCAGCUAAGAAUAAAUGGUAAUGUAAUACAAAUCUUUUAAAUAUGUUACUCAGGUUUCA